GCCGGGUUAUCUCCGAAUACAGGCGUACGGAUUACAGUAUGGUUAGAGUUCAGUGCGCUAAGUACAUCGUUUUCUCUCACAUGUUGGCUUCAUCUACAUCACUGCGAUGCUCAGUUUACUGUAUGAUAAGUUUAUGCUCCCUUCUCAUCUCUGAUUGCAUCAUGUUCAAUGCAAAUUGAACGAAUCGCAUUGAUUCUCCUGAAACCUAAUUGUUUUUUUAUUUGCUAAUUCUGUGGACUAAAUACACAACAGUGAUUACGUUUACACGACGGCCUUAAAACGGUUUAAUUAAUACUGAUUUCUAAAGGAAUUGACCAAUCCUAAAUAUUCCUUACAAGUAAAAAUGUUUAUGAUUUGUCUAUUCGUUUAGACCAGUAUUAACUAAAUCGGUUUAUCCCGCCGUGUAAACGUAGUCAUUGGCCAAUCGCAGCCAGUCGUAUGCGAUAUUCAUGAGAACGUCAAAGAGUAGUCACUGGUAAUCAUAUCAAAUCAUAUUCACCAGUGGUUACAUGGAAACUUGUCAAAAGUAACGUGCGUAGAAGAUUAUUAAUGAAAAAUACGUAUUUUCAAUUCCUCUUCGAGAAUGGAUUUAUUGAAUUUAACAAAUUUACUUAUUUCCCUGAUUUGGUGAUAUUAAAGAAAUCUAUAAGAAAAUUUAAAGUGAAACAGAAGCCAAUCACACUUCAAUUUGACAAAUGUAGAAAAACCGAAAGCGUCAAGGGCGUGUUUAUUUCACCACCGCAAUUGAAGUCUAGUGGCUAUUCGAAGGAGAAAUUGUGGAACUUUAAGUAUUCCUUUAUAGCAAAAUGUCGGGAGUCGAAAGAAAUAAGACCGAACCAUUAACCGCGAGAGAGAUCGAGGAAGAAGAAAUGGCACAAGAACUUAUGAACAUGGGAAUGUACGAGCACGGAUUAUCGUACGACCAGAUGAAGGAUAUUCUUGGUGUAAUUAGUGAGUCAAAGCAUAUGGCCAAGAUGGAAACGGAAGGUAGAGUCUCUCAUAGGAUAUCACAGCAAUCAUCUCAACCUCCAUCCAAAAUGAUAUUAGAAUCUAACUUACCACAACAAGUGGUUACACAAAGUGAUGCACAUCUGCCCAAAACAAGUUACGCAUAUAGAACUAGCUGUUUAUAUAAACAAAAAUUAUCUCCAGAGGCAGGAAGUUGUGAAUCAUCAACUAAUGUAUUUGACAAAAGAAUUCCUCACAGUCAAUAUACAUCCAGAGACAUUGACAUAUCGGUUGACAAAUUAUAUAAAGAUCCAAAUAUUAAAGAAAAUGAACUUUUAAGUUUGAAUCGUAUACAAGGAGCAAUAUCGCAAGGACCAUCCUGCGAGACACAGAACUCCCAGAGCACUGAACUGAAAAUCGAGAUGCAACCUAAGCAAAAUCAAAAGAUUGAAAGAUGGAGAUUAAAUCCACUUGAUGUACUUGUCGAUGAGAAGGACGUUCCCCUACCCAAGUUCGAGCGGCCCAUGGGUGAAGAACGCGCACCUUUCAGCUUUUGUAACAACAGACGUACUUCUCAAUCUCGCGACAAAAUUAUUGCCGACCUGAGCAACCACUUGGAAGAGGUGGCAGAGCUGUGGUGUGGUUGGCAAAGGACUACUACUGACACGGAGUUUCAGUGGGGGGCACCCAUUAAGGUGGGAAGCGCUAAUGGUAGUUUGAAGACGAAGUACAUAUCAUCUAAACUAAAGGGCUCGACGCAUCAAGAGCGAGAAAGAACGUACAAGCGUAAAGCAUCCACCAUCGAAGCUGGAAACCUAAUUCACUGCGACGAUGACGAAGAUUACAUCGAUAACGACGAAGACAACGACAGCGACGAGUUGAUUUUUGUAAAAAAAAAGAAAUCUCAUCAUAGUGAAACUCGGAAUACGACGUGCGAGUACCCAUCUCCUGUCCAAGAACCAUCUGAUGUUCUAAACAGCAGCCGUAGUCAGGAGUGGAACGAAAGCCAACGAAAACUUGAAAAAUUAAACCCAAGAAAAUUUCAUUCAAAGAAUCAAACGAAUCAGUCAGAUGAAACAGCGUCCACUUCGCAGUAUCCAAGGAGAAUCGUUCCACCUAAUCCUACGUUAAAAAGGCGCGGUCCUCAGAGGAGGAAAGACGAGACCCACGCAGUCAUCAUGAAAGAAAAUAUAAUACUGGACACUGACGAGGAAGAUACUGUUACAAUUCCAAAGUCAGAUAACAGAAGUUACACGUUGAGUGAUCAGGAACCAGUAGUUGAGCUCGAGAAAAAUCAUCAAGAGUCGCAAUCGACAGAGCAAACACAAGCAAAGAGUGUCUCGAGUUCCGUUAAUAGGAUGACUAAUAGGUUGCAGGAACAAUGCAUGCGUCUGAGACAUCUGCGAGAUGAAGAAGAGACGAAGAAGCGCGAGGAUAUAGAGAGCCUACGAAGGCAAGAAGAAGAGGCCAGGAGACACAGGGUUGAAGUUUAUAAGAAGUACGUAGAGGAGAAAGAGGAAAAAAGUAGGCGCGAGGAAGACAAGAGAAAGGAGGAAAAUGAGAAGACUGAAAGGUGGCGAAGAAGAAUGAAGCAGACGGAAAAAGAGUCAAGAGAGCGUGACAGGAAGAUUAAUGAUGAGGAAUUGAAGAAACGCGUGAUCGAAGAAGAAAUGCUACUUAGGGCCAGCGAUGGGAUUGAAGAACUACACGAUUCCGAGGACACCGAAACAGACAAUCGAAUUAGUUGCCCCAUUUGUAACAAAACAUUUCCUACGGAGGAGAUUGAGAAUCAUGCCGCUGCCUGCGAGCAAUACAACAUCGCCGAGGUUCAAGAAAUCAACAAAGUGACUUCUUACCGAAAAAAGAUGCCCGAUGCUCAAUUAUCUAAGAGUAGAUGCAGGACAUCUUUGGAAUGUCAAAUUUGUUUGUCAUUCAGUACUAACGAUGGGAACGAGUAUGAGAAUCAUGUUCACGGUUGCCUAGAAAAUCAGAAGAAACGACUAGAAGAUGAUAGAACACGUGCAUCCUCAAGCAGUAUGGUCCUUAAUGUACCCACUUCGCCCAUACGUUGCUUUGUUCCGAUCAGCCAGCAGAGAGACUGUGAAAUAAAUUACAGGGCGCAAUUCUCAUCGACGAACAGGCAGAGUACCUACAGUGGAAGGAAGAGGAAGAGGAAGCGCUGACGAAUACCACUUUGAUUGUCCAAUAACUACAUAUUUUUGCGACGCACACAUCUUUCUCCGAGUAUAAACAUUGACAAAAGUUCAGUUACUUGGGGCAUAACAAACAAUAAUUUCGUAUGCACGUUUUCACAGUGUUUCUGACUGAAGAAUGACAAUCCCAAGGCUACAGACUGUUCAGGAAGGUCAGUAGCAUUCCCAAGAAAAACUCGACAAAUCAGAAUCUCGUCGUGCCGUUCGAUGCCGUCGCACUGAUAUUUACCAUCAGCUGAGUCCUUACGUUAGAAGAAAACGACACAAUACAGCCGAUGUAAGAUGUCAACCAAGAACAGCAAUUCGAACGUUGGCAGAACGCAAAGUUCCCGAGACUGACGUUCAAAAUUACUUGUUCCUAAUACUUGAUGCGAUUAUUAAUAGUGUAUAUAUCAACAAGUAAAUGGACACCCAUGUUUAAAUCGCUAUAUGUAGAUAUAAUUUACGUGAACGCGCCCGUUUACUGGCGAAAUCAUCCUAUGUGCAUUUUUACCAAGAUCGUAAUAAUAAUGCAGUUGUGCUGUUAUCGUCGUUUACGUUUAUAAUCUUAAAGCAUUUUCACUGGUAUAGCUCAACACGUGAAGGAUCUUUGAUAGACAUACUUCUCGAAGAGUUUUGCGAUUUUUAUAAUAUAUUAGAAAUUGUUAAGCUGCUAAGUCAGAGGAAUGAACCUGAGAAAAUUGUUUUACCAUUGCAAGCACUAAUUGCAAAUAUAUUUAUUAAUGAUUCAAACGAA